AACGCAACGCCUCAAGCAAACGCAUCAGCGCAUUCUCGCAAAAGCUCCAGCAGCAACAAAAGCAAAACAUUCAACAUGUUCAAAUACGUGAUCGUCGUUCUGGCCCUCAUCGCCGCCGUCUUUGCUGCCCCGAAGCCGCAGUUCCUGUACACUCCGACGGCCUACAGCGCCUACAACACCUACGCCGCCCCGGCCGCGGCCACGGUCUACAGCUCGAACGCCUAUGUCCCGGCUGCCUACUCUGCCUACGCUCCUGCUGCGGCCACCUACUCGGCCUACGCCCCACUCACCUAUCUGUAAACCGGAUCUGAUACAGGAUGCGAUCCCGUGUAGCCCUAGAAGUUGCACGAGAUGCCUCUGAAUCCCUGGACAAACGGACCUCAAACUGACACCCGAAAUUCUUUUCAAUUUGAAUAA